GUGCAGGUGCAUUGAACAUCCCCAAUGGGAAGAUAGAGGUUGGACUAGUACGCGAGAACUCGGGGUCGUCCAUGUUACAGUUAAACGGGACAAAUAUGCCCAAUCAGACCCAUCCCAAGUCAACCACCACCACAGGCAAUGACCUGACAGGGGGG